ACAUUAUGUUAAUCAAUGCAGAAAUUUGCUUUUUUUUUUUUUUUAUUUCUCUCUUUGAUUUCAAAUUUGUAAAAUGGGUAUCCGAAUUCGUAGUCUUAUGACACCGAAAAGAACUCAAAAAUCCGCUAAUUCAAAAGCUUAGUGUUUGGGUUCUUCACUCUGUUUCAUCAUCAUGAUGCUGUCUGUUUCUUGUCCAUGGAAACCUUUACAGAUUGAAAAAUGAGAAAUAUUGGUGGAAGGGGAAUCCACUACUUGCGGCAAUGGAAAGAUGCAAAUGUUCCGGCUGACUUGAUAGAGAAGGGCCAAAAUCGUGUUAUUGACGCUUCACUUACUCUUAUUCGUGAGAGGGCAAAGCUUAAGGGAGAGCUGGUACGAGCUUUAGGAGGGGCUGUAUCAUCAUCAUCUCUUCUUGGAGUUCCUUUAGGACAUAACUCUUCAUUUCUUCAGGGGCCAGCAUUUGCUCCUCCUCGCAUUAGGGAGGCAAUCUGGUGUGGUAGCACAAAUUCCACCACUGAAGAAGGGAAGGAAUUAAAUGAUCCGCGGGUGCUAACUGAUGUUGGUGAUGUCCCUGUUCAAGAGAUACGAGAUUGUGGUGUGAGUGAUGAUAGAUUGAUGAAUAUAAUAAGUGAGUCUGUCAAGCUAGUGAUGGAAGAAGAUCCUCUACACCCUUUAGUUUUAGGUGGUGAUCACUCAAUUUCUUACCCCAUUGUAAGAGCUGUGUCUGAGAAGCUUGGGGGACCUCUGGAUAUUCUUCAUCUUGAUGCGCAUCCAGAUAUUUAUCAUGCAUUUGAAGGAAACAAGUAUUCACAUGCAUCUUCUUUUGCCCGAAUUAUGGAGGGUGGUUAUGCUCGUCGGCUUUUGCAAGUUGGUAUUCGAUCAAUUACAAGCGAAGGGCGCGAACAAGGGAAAAGAUUUGGUGUGGAGCAAUAUGAAAUGCGAAACUUUUCAAGAGAUCGUCAGUUUUUGGAGAACCUGAAACUAGGUGAAGGUGUAAAAGGUGUUUAUAUCUCAGUAGAUAUUGACAGCCUUGAUCCUGCAUUUGCGCCUGGGGUUUCUCACAUUGAGCCAGGAGGUCUGUCUUUUCGCGAUGCUCUCAACAUCCUCCACAAUCUCCAAGCCGAUGUUGUAGCUGCAGAUGUGGUUGAGUUCAACCCACAGCGAGACACAGUGGAUGGUAUGACUGCAAUGGUAGCUGCUAAGCUGGUAAGAGAACUGACAGCAAAGAUAUCAAAAUGAACUUGUGUGUAUUGCGGUUGAUGACUCAACAUUCGUCUCGUGUACUAUAGAAAGUUCAUCUGAUGGUUAUUAAGAUCUAUUGCAAUUGAGACUCAGUUGCUCAGAAAAUUUGUGGGAUAUCCUUAAUUGUACUACUGCUUUUGAAAGCAGUUGAAAUAAUAGUAGUUUAUGUUAUCGACCUAAAUGUAUGUGUGUAUGUGUGUAUUGCAAUGGAGACUCGGUUGCUCGGAAAAUAUUGUGGGAUAUCCUCAAUUGUACUCCAGCUUUACAAAGCAGUUGAAAUAAGAGUAGACCAUCUUAUCAACUUAAA